GUCCUGAUUAGAGAGCAGCAGGUGUUGAAAACGAGGACAACAGAGGAGAAACAUCCCGUUUGACUGAAAAUAUCGCAUUUAAAAUCACGAUUUAUUUUACUGAAACAGGACAAUGAUCCCAAUCGGCUUAAUGAAGCUGGGUGUGAUCCUCGUGCUUCUCCUGGGCUUCAUGCGCUACCGUGUCGAGGGAGUCUGCAGUGUGGAGCAUUGCACUGACCGCACAACAUGUGUUCUGUCUGAAGACCAAAGGAGCUGCAAGUGUGCCAGUGGAUAUUAUGCUGACCGAUGUGACAAAGAUGCACACAUCAAAGUUAUGUGUGGUAACGACUACAUGGGAAUCAGAGCGAUAGAAGAUUUCUUCAAGUAUCACAACGUGCCGUUGGAGUCCCUGCACUUGCCCAACAAAUCCUGCCGUGCUCAGAGAGAGGUCAUCGAUGGCGUGCCGUACUACAUGUCCAUGACAUCUAAAGAGCAAUAUCUAACCUGCGGAGGAAAGCCGUUGGAGAAAAACAUUACUCACGUCUUCUAUUCCCUGAGUCUACUGUCAGACCCUCAUGUUAUUGGAAACAUCAUCAGAGAUCCAGUCAUUAAGAUGGACUACACAUGCGUCCAACCAUACAUCAGAAGAGUUAGUCUUCCUUUUCCAGUCGUUCCUCUUUCCAGCGAGACGGUGAUGCGUGUACAUGAACUUGAUGCCUCAAUACAGAUGAUGUUGUACACAGACCAUUCCUACUCUGAGGCCUACAGUAGUGCCCCCAGCAUUGAACUCCGAGACAAGGUGUAUGUGGCGGUGACGGUCAAAGAGCCCGCAGAUUUCUUCCUGCUCCGGGUCAACGAGUGUUGGGCCACACAGUCUUCUCAGCCGAACACUACAGAGGGAUCGGCUCACACUCUGCUGAAGAACGGGUGUGUGGAUGACCACACCGUUUCCUUUCUCAACGUGAGCGAGGGACAGUCUGGCCGUAACGGAGAAAGCUCCACCGUUCGCUACAGCUUCGUCAUGUUUCGCUUCACGACAGAACCUCACGCCUUCUACCUGCACUGCACUGUUCAGCUGUGCGAGCCAGACGACCACAAGUCUUGCACACCUAACUGUAAAUCGAUCAGUAAGAGAGAAGCAGUGAGAGCAGACCCCAGUCUGGGCCUCCUGUCAUAUGGACCCAUCAGGAUUGAAAUGCCAGACAGACCUCAAUCCAGCAUACUGACGACAGUGGUGCUGCCUGUAGCAGGCGUCUGGACUGUUGGCUUCCUCCUCAUCAUACUCAUCACUGUGGCCAAGGCAGGCAGCAGGAGGCUCGCACUCAUGAGGAAGCACUGACAACAAUAUCGCUGCUGCUGGCAGCUUGAAUAAAACUUUAAAAUCGGU